UGCCUGAAGGACUUCACAAUUGGAAACAUUCCUCCUUGAGAUUAUCCAGCAAGCCAUUUACAGAAAACCCACCGAAAAGAAAAUUAGUUCGAAGUUAUAUAGAUUUACGACACAUCUCCUGUUGCUUUUUAACUACUGGCGAAAAGUCGCAUCGGCUGUUUGUUUCCUUUUGUUUUUCCGCUAAAGUUUAAAUCCGCCGGUGCCAAGUCGGAAAAACGUGCCUGCUGCAAACGCCUCGUAGUUAAUAAUUGCUUCUUGAAAUCAGAGCUGCUCCGCCACGUUUAGCCGCUUUUUAGUUCCCUUUUGUGCAGCGAGCGAGGAGCUGAAGAUGAACCCCAGCGGAGCCCGCACCGGGAAGACCUUCCUGUUCACAUCCGAGUCUGUGGGAGAGGGACACUCCGACAAAAUGUGCGAUCAGAUCAGUGAUGCCGUACUCGAUGCGUACCUGAGUCAAGACCCUGACUCUAAAGUUGCCUGUGAAUGCGUGACGAAGACGGGCAUGAUUUUACUGGUUGGAGAAGUGACAUCUAAGGCCAUAGUGGAUCUCCAGGCAGUGGUCCGAAAUACUGUCAAGAAGAUUGGUUAUGAUGCCUCUUCAAAAGGUUUUGACUAUAAGACCUGCAAUGUGCUGUUGGCGCUGGAGCCGCAGUGUUUGGAAAUAUCAGACUGCGUGUUUGAAGGCAGGGAUCAGGAGGACAUCGGUGCCGGGGACCAGGGUUUGAUGUUUGGCUACGCCACAGACGAGACCGAGGAGUGUAUGCCCUUAACCGUCGUUUUGGCUCACAAACUCGUCUACAGGAUGAAGGAGCUUUCACGCAACGGAGAGUGUCCUUGGAUCCUACCAGACUCCAAAUCACAAGUCACAGUGGAGUACAGAGACAACAUGGGAGCCAUGGAGCCGUUGCGUGUUCACACUGUGGUCAUCUCAGUACAACACCACCCGGACAUCACCCUGGAGGAGAUCAGACGCAAUCUGAUGGAGAAGGUGGUGAAAGUCAUCAUUCCUGCCAAGUACUUGGAUGACAAGACCAUCUACCAUCUGCUGCCAAGUGGGAAAUUCCUCGUAGGCGGCCCUCAGAGUGAUGCAGGCCUCACAGGGCGUAAAAUCAUAGUGGACACAUAUGGAGGAUGGGGUGGACACGGAGGAGGGGCUUUUUCUGGAAAAGACUACUCCAAAGUGGAUCGGUCCGGAGCUUAUGCGGCACGCUGGGUCGCCAAGUCUUUGGUCAAAGCUGGACUGUGCAGGAGGGCCCUCGUUCAGAUCUCCUAUGCUAUCGGUGUGAGCCAUCCACUCUCCAUCUCCGUGUUUCACUAUGGCACAUCGAACAUGGACGAAGAGGAGCUGCUGCAAAUCGUGCAGAAAAACUUUGACCUCAGGCCUGGGGUCAUUGUGAAAGAGCUGGGUCUGAAGCAGCCAAUAUACCAGCCCACUGCCUGCUACGGUCACUUUGGCAGGGAGGAGUUCCCCUGGGAGAAACCCAAGUCUCUGGUGUUUUGAGUUUUGGGGGUCGCCAAACAUUCCAGUUAUAAAACAAUCAAGAGACCAAUUUGAUUCACUGACUCCAUAUUAUCUAAAUACAGCUGCGAAAGUGAAAACAUGAAUGUCUUUUCUCUGUCAUCUCUUAAUUUCUUUCCUUAAACUGUAAAGGCAGAGCUCAGUGCCUUUGCUGACAAAUUAAUUCUUUUUACUUGAACUAAACAAUGACUGAGGUGCUUUCCUGUAUAAGAAACUGUAGCUAUUGUUCAUGAAUAAUUAUGCAGUUAAUGCAAAAUGUAUUCUGAAUAAUUUAGUAUUUGGGAAUAAUAUUUGGUGAUUAAAAAGCUGGACUAAAAAUGCA